AUGGAUUACGGUAGAUCAAAUAUACGGGCGAGAUUGGCGCGAAGAAACGAGAAUUCGACACCUGCAGAUGACAAGAGGGACAUCUCAAAAAGUGCGACGAGCCUUGUGCCGGCACCCGCGAAACGUCCGCAGAUCGAAUUGCGACGCCGCAAAUCGGCGGCCGAACUCAACGAGAACGUCGCCGUCGCCGAAGAAGAAGCGCCAGUUCUUCGAAGGCGUCGUUUCACCAAAAAGCAACGAAAAUCGUUUAUAAUCGAGGCCGAAGCCGGCUUGUUGUUGGCCGCCGGACGAGCCGAUUCGACAUCGACCGACGACGACGACGACGACGACGAAAAGCCGACCGCCUCGUCAUCAGCAUCAUCGAAACGCACACCGGAAGCCCAUGAAAAAGGUCCCGCUGCUCGCCGAGCCAAUCGACUGCUGCUGCGACGACACCACAAAUCGACGGGUCGCCUCGAGAUGCUCAACGAGUCAUCCGGACUACGAGGCCAAUCGCGAUCGUUGAGCGUACGCGAUCUGAACGCCGACGACAUCGACUUCACGAAUCGCGAGUCGGUCUCGCGUUGGACAUCGCAAAUUCUCGCCGAACUCGACUCGUUGCCGUCGAGUUGCGUCGAUUUGUCGACGACGCCGUCGCGGAUGACGUCGUCGAUGUUCGCCGGCAGCCAUUUCGACGACGGCUCGCUCAACAAAUCGACGUCGUCGCUGCCGACGUGGAGGCGCGAACGCGAGGCGUCGAUUGGCGCGUCGACGAUUGUCGCCGAGUCGGAUGAUUCGGAGGCGACGACGACGACGCCGCCGCCGCCGUCGACCAACAAAGACGAUCAGAAGAAGCUUCUCGAGAAGCUGUUCGAUCUGUCGUCGCAACCGCGCGAUUUCACGCGAUCCAUCGAGCCGAUUCCGCCGCCGCCGCGACAAAAAGCGCCGCCGGUGCCGGCGAAACGCACGCGAUUUUUGAGUCGUCACCAUCACACGCUUGACGACGUCGAAAAGAAGCUUCACACGUCGAUCGCACAGAUGUCGAUGUCGAUGUACGGACGCGUGCCGAUGGACCAUGAGAAUGCGCGCGUCUCAAUGAUGAUCGACACCGAGGCGAACGGAUCAAAUGAAGCGAAUCAAUGCGGCGAUGAGAUUCUGGAGCGUUGGCGUCGAAUGAGCGAAUGCCGAAUGCGCGGCGAGGAAUCGACACGGACACUUCCAAGCGAUCGCAAGCCAAGUGUGAAUCGAGUUAUCUCGAAACUGCUGCGGACAAUCGAGGACUCUCGCUAUAGCGCGCCCGACCGGCCGACGGACAUCGAUGUUGUCAGCGUCGUCGCUCAGGACAUUGGCACACAAACGACGGCAUUCGGCGCCGCCUCACGCAGCUCGUCGUUCGAUUGGAUCAACGAGCCGACGGAGGGCGUGUUGCGCGACAUUCGCACGCCGAUCAGCGCGACGCCUCAUCAACAGCAGCUCGUCGUCAGCCGUCAUACGCCGGCGAGCUCGUCGUCGGACGAGGCCGAUCGCGAGGUGGCGCUCAUCGCGAUGAGCACCGAAGAGAAGUGCAAAAAUGAGAGAAUGCUCGAAGAAAUCGACGAAGGCCUCUCGCUUCUAUUGGAGUACGGCGAGCCAUCGGCGGUGCAAUUGCACAAAGAGAUGCAAGAGCAGAAGCUGCUGAAACGCUCGCCGCUACCGCCGCGAAUCAACGCGAAAACCUACGAUUCGCUGCCGAAUAAAUUCCGAAGGUCCGGCGAGAUCAGCAGCGUUUACGAUAAUAUGCCAUGGGACCGAAAACGGCACGUAACAUCGACCGGCCAAUUCUCGCCGUUGGUGUUGCCGCGAAAUCCGACGCACAGUCACGCGGGUCCCGCAACGACGACGACGACGACGAACGCCGAUGAGAAGCCUAAGCCGAUCAACCACAAUGCGCCGAGAAGCUCGUUUGCCCUUCAAUUAGCAGAACGCGACGCAGAAGAAGCGUGCGAAUGGCUCAAACAGGCCGGAUUUCCGCAGUACGUCAAACAGUUUGAAGACGGCAAAUUUCCAAUCGAGACGUCGAGCGUCGAACGCGAUCACGGCUUUCUCGGCACCGACUCGCUUCACGCGCUUUUCCGCCGAAUCGACACGCUGAAUCGGUGCGCAAUUAUGAAAGUUGACAACGUCGUGAUGAGGCGAAGAUUGAAUAACGAUUAUUUGUACGCUGGUUACGACGAGGACGAUAAUGUGGCCCUCGCUGGAAAUUGGCAAUAUCAGCGACAUUCGCAAACGUGGAGCCGUGUGCCGCCGAACGAGCCGAUUUACGCCGGCGGCGCGCACAGUCGCCUCGUCUCCACCAAACCCAAUUGGCAGCCAUACAUGGAGAAACAAACCGACCGUCAAGUGUCUCGAACCGAUUGGUACGAGGCGCCGUCGCGUGCGCCAAUCACCAACGGUCACACCACUCUCGACGCACCGCCAUCAUCGGCCGUCGCCAACGCCAACGCCAACAAACUUCAGCGAUCGCAAAGCGAGCGGAUACGCGAACGCGCGCGCGCCAUCAUGAAAAAAAUGGAUUUGCGCUCGACGAGUCGCCGACGCAAAGAAUCGCGACAGCGUGCCGAGCCGAAUCCCAACAUUCACAACAUGAUCAUCAGCGAUCCGGUGCUUGUCUCGUAUGAGACCGGAUCGGCCGACUCGAUGCGAAUGAUGAGCACGGCGCGGCCGAAUCAUCUGCCAGAUCGCGGACGCGCUCUCUAUUCGGAUCGUCAUGGUGCGGCCGCCGCGUUCGGCGGAAGUGUCGCGCCGCGAAGCAAAUCGGCGCGUCGUCAGGGCAUCGUGCUGUCGACGCCGUCGUCGCCCGACUCGUCCGACGACUCGUUCGGCACCACCGCUUCUUCCGGCCUCACGUCGUCGAGUCUCAUCGGUGCGACGCCGCGACGACGCGACUUCUCGAUGCCGCCGCCGCGACGCACCAAUUAUGACUAUGCGCCGCCGAUGGUGCCGCCGCGACGAGAACGAACCCCGUUUGACGCUUACCUCUACCCAACGUCUAAUACUAGCUCCCUUAAUAGAUCGAUUCAACGAAACAACGGACUUGCGAGAUAUGAUGGUCCGCCGGUGCCAGAGAGGGACUAUCGAGGCCUUCUGCAGCGAACUGAUCGAGCUCACAACCUCGUCAUUCAACCCGACGGAUAUUAUAUGCAUGACAUGUCGCCGGAGGUCGUCCAUCGACGCAUCGAGGAUUCGCCGUCGACGUCGCACUCGUCGCACCUCAAAGUCGACACGCAAAAGAGCGAGUCGAGCGUCGAGCACACCGACGAGGAGAAUCCGUUGCAUCGUCGCCGCGAUUCGGGCGUCGGCUCGAGCCUAUCGCGAAGUCCCAGCGGGCCGUCGAAUCAGCGAAUCGCGCACUCGAUAUUGCCCAACGCGUCGACGCUCAUUUCGAGUUCGAUGAUAUCGACGAACACGACGUCGUUGUCGUCGAGCGGCUCGUGGAAGAUCUUCAAGAAGCGCGGCGGUGUCGCGCUGAUGGACCACUCGUUGACGUCGAGCACGUGCACCGAUGAGACGUGCUUCGACGACAUCGAAUUGCAGAGAUCAAUGGACUCGUUGAACAUCAUUGAAAUGGCGCGAAUCCGCAAAUUGGCCUAUCUUCGCAUCACCGCGUGUCUUGAGAAGUCGAUGGGAACGCCGAUGUCGAAAAUGUGCAUCGGCGGAAUCGAAAUGGACGAGACGGCGGCUGCGGCUAAGCCGAACAAUUGGAGUGUUCAGAAGCUGAUCAGGAAGAUGAAGAUUAGCGAUGUAAAACUUGCUAAAGAUGGCGAAGAGACGGGUGUGUUCGGCGUCGGACUCGACGUGAUCUAUAAACGCAGCGGCUUCUGCCUUCCACGACCGAUUCUCGAGAUCUUGCGAUUCCUUCGCCAGAUGGCUCCCGACACGUUGGGGAUAUUCCGCAAGAACGGCGUCAAAUCGCGAAUCGCCGAAUUGCGCGCGAUCGCCGAUCGCGAAACGUCGCCAUCCGGCGACGUGUUCGUCGGCGCGAACAGCCUCGAGUCGGGACAGGUGCACGACGCCGCCGAUCUGUUGAAGCAGUACCUUCGCGAGUUGCCCGAGCCAUUGAUGACGGUGCGAAUGUCGGAAGUGUUCGCCAACAUUUUCACGUACGUGCCGGAAGUCGAGCGUCUCACCGCCGUCAAAUUCGCCCUUCUACUCCUUCCCGACGAGAAUCGCGAAGCCCUUCAGACGCUGAUGAUGUUCCUCAAGGAUGUCGCCCGAAAAUCGCAAGUCAAUAAUAUGACCGCUCAGAAUCUCGCUGUCUGCUUCACACCAUCGCUAUUCCAAUUGAGCGCUUCGCGUCUCGACAAGAUCUCGAGCGGAAGCCGUCGCCACAAGACGAUCGGCGCCGCCGGAAUGCCGACGGAGAAGGAGAUGAAGGAGACGCGCGCCUGUCAGAAUUGCCUCACAAUGCUCAUCGAGUAUGCGAAGACCGUAUUCAUGGUGCCCGAUUGUGUCGAUGAGAGGCCCGAGUUCGAGGACGACAUUCCGCCGUUGAAGGAUCUUGGAUUGAAGGGUCCGAGAUCGUUCCUAGUGGAUCGCGUUAUGGAUAUGAUCAAGGAUCAUUCUGAUCGCUGGAAGUCAUGGAAUCCGGAGGGAACAUUCUGUGGCAUCGAGAUCUCGUCAAAGAAGGCCAACGACUCACACCCGCUGAAGACAUUCCGAGUGUGGAGCGACGUCGAAGCCCCGCCGAAGGUGGUGAUGAGCCGAAUAAUGAAAGAGCGCCACGUGUGGGACGCGUCGAUCAUCAAUUGGCGUCACGUGGAGCGCGUGAAUCCCGCCGACACCGACAUCCAUCAAUACGUGAUCAAUGAGACGAUCGGGCAUCCGACGAAGGACUGCCAUCUCGUUCGAUUCCACUCGUCGGGUCUCGCCGAGAUUCGCGGCGCGUGCGCGAUCGCCGAACGCAGUGUGCAGUGCGGCGAGCCGCAAAUGCUCGGCGGCAUUCCGGCGACGGUUUUCGAUCAGCGAUUCCUCAUCGAGCCGAGAAGCGGCGGCCAAUCGCGUGUCACUUAUAUCGCGCGCGUCGACUUGAAGGGUCGCACAUAUCAAUGGUACAACAAAAUCUAUGGGACGAUCAUGUGCCGGCAGGUGAUUCGCCUACGCGACACGUUUCAAUCCGAAUAUUCAAAUGGACCGGAGACCAAAAUCUGA